CUAGCCCCGGUGGUGGUGGUGCUGGUUGGCGGUGGUGGUUUGUGAAAGUUUCAUGGUGAGAGAGGUGGAGAAGAGAGGAAUGCGACUAGGAAAGUACGAGCUCGGAAGAACUCUAGGCGAAGGAAAUUUCGGAAAGGUCAAAUACGCCAGGCACAUUGACUCCGGCCAAGGUUUCGCCGUUAAGAUCUUGGAUAAAAAGAAGAUCCUCGACCUCAAAAUCAGCGAUCAGAUAAAGAGAGAAAUCGGCACCCUCAAACUUCUGAAACAUCCAAACGUAGUCAAUUUGCAUGAGGUUUUGGCCAGCAAGACAAAGAUUUGCAUGGUCCUUGAAUACGUGAAUGGUGGUGAAUUAUUCGACAGAAUUGCUUUAAAAGGGAAAUUCUCAGAAGCUGAAGGCCGGAGACUCUUCCAACAGUUAAUUGAUGGUGUGACUUACUGCCACGACAAAGGUGUCUUCCAUAGGGAUUUGAAGCCUGAAAAUGUUCUUGUUGAUGCGAAAGGAAAUAUAAAGAUAUCUGAUUUUGGCCUCAGUGCUUUAACUCAACAUUUCAGAGAUGAUGGGUUACUGCAUACAACAUGUGGAAGUCCAAACUAUGUUGCCCCAGAGGUUCUCGCCAACAGAGGGUACGACGGUGCCACAUCUGAUCUUUGGUCAUGUGGUGUUAUCUUGUAUGUGAUUCUUACAGGGUACCUCCCUUUUGAUGACCGAAACCUUGCUGUUCUUUAUCAGAAGAUAUUCAAGGGAGAUGUUCAGAUACCCAAAUUGCUCUCACCAGGUGCUCAAAACUUGAUAAAGAGGAUACUCGACCCAAAUCCUUGCACUCGAAUCUCCAUAGCAGAGAUAAAAACUGAUGAAUGGUUCAAACAAGAUUACUUCCCUGCUAAUCCUUAUGAUGAGGAGGAAGACAUCUUCAUUGAUGCCGAAGCUUUCUCUAUGCAAGGGGUGGCCACGGACACAGAGAAGGAUCCUGGUUCACCCACUCUAAUCAAUGCCUUUCAGCUAAUUGGAAUGUCAUCUUGCCUGGAUCUCUCUGGCUUCUUUGAGAAAGAGGAGGCCUCCGAGAGGAAGAUCAGAUUCACAUCCAAUAUUUUACCAAAAGAUUUACUUGAGAAGAUUGAAGAUAUAGUCACAGAAAUGGGAUUCCGAGUCCAGAAAAGAAAUGGAAAGCUGAAGGUGACACAAGAGAACAAGGGUAGGAAGAUACCCGGUAGCCUUUCAGUCCAAGCAGAGGUGUUUGAGAUAAGUGCAGCUCUGUAUGUGGUGGAGUUGAGAAAAACAUAUGGUGAUCCUUCGAUGUACAGACAGUUGUGUUCGAAGCUAUCCAAUGAUCUCGGCGUCCAACAAAGGCAAGAGAUUUUGGCCACGCAAGUGUCAAUAUAACUAGUGCAUGGUCGUACACCUUGAUGUAAAUCUUUUUUUUCUUUUUGGGGG